UUUUAUCAUUUAUAUUUCGAGGUUGGACAUUAGCAUGUUGGGCGUAUGGUGUCACCUCAUUAGUCAGUAUGUGUUACACCUUUGCUGGCUUGUCAUCUCGUUAGUCAGAAAGUGUUCCACCUAUGUUGGCACAGGUGAUAUUUAAGAGGGGCUGGCCCAGUGCUCCAGUUGGCUUGAGAGAUGUGGAGGGAUAACACCUUUAGUUGGCGCUCCCUAUUUUGAUUUUUUUUUUAAACAAUCCUUUAUCUGAUGUUCCCUGUUUUCCUUUUGCUCCACUUUUUGGUUUGCUUCCUGUCUAAGUUUUCCGUGGGUUUUAUUUUGUUUGCCUCUUCUUGGGCAUUCAGUGGGCGCUCAUGGUGGUUGUCUUUUAGGGCCCAGUUGUUGUUGCUAGUCAACUUUCAGUGGACACCCCCAGGAGUGUCUUUCAGAACCCCUCCUAAAACUCCACAUUUUGUGUUUUGGUCAUUGUCAGUGACUGUGAAGAUACUGUACCUUAAUAAGAAUUAUUCAAGUGAAAGUCACCCAGUAAAAUACUACUUGAGUAAUUUGGUAUUAAAUAUACUUAAGUAUCAACAGUAAAUGUAAUUUCUCAAAUAUACAUAAGUAUAAAAAGUAUAAACCAUUUAAAAUUCCUUAUAUUAAGCAAACCAGACAGCAUCAUUUUAUUGUUAUUUUUUUUACAUUUACAGAUAGCCAGGGCCACACUCCAACACUCGGAGAUCAUUUACAAAUGAAGCACGUGUGUUUAGUGCACCUGCCAGAUCAGAGUCAGUUAGGAUGGCCAUGGAUGUUGUCUUGAUACGUGCGUGAAUUGGACCAUUUUCCUGUUCUGCUAACCACUCAAAAUGUAAAGGGUACUUUUGGAUGUCAGGGAAAAUGUACGCAGUAUAAAGUACAUAAUUUUCUUUAGAAAUGUACAGUGAAAGUUGUCAAAUCUAAAAAGUAAAGUACAGAUACCACAAAAAACUACUUAUAGUACUUUAAAAUAUUUUUACUUAAGUACUUUACAGUGGUUUUUGAGACGGGGAGUCAACAAAAGCUGCAAUCACUAGGUAUUUUGUAGCAAAUUAAAUAUAUUUUAUACAUAAGCUCUUUAAAAAAUUUAAAAAACUGACAACUGUGUUCAUUUGCAUGACAAUUAAUUGUGACCCAAAAUUCAAUAAUUGUCCCAUCUAGUUGGUUUCUCUGACCUUGGGGAUAUGUUAAGCCCCCCAACGUUCUGUAUUGUUCAGUUGAAUUUAUAAUUAAAAGAGUACAGUUUGCUAUGACAUCUGUGGUCAUGUCUAUCCUUCAAACUUAACACUAGUCUUAGGCCUAUAAAUCAAGGGUUGCUUCAUUAAUUUAAAUCAAUGUAAAUUUUACAGGCAGAGGCUGUCAGAGGAAGUGUGAUAAUGGAAGAAUCUCAAUUGUCCCCUCUGACCUUCUCCAAUGGGUUCUGAGAAGGAAGGAAGGAGAAUGGACAUCAGGAGUAUCCAAUUGAGAUUGUUCCUGUGUUGUCAAUGUUAGGAUGAAAAUUGGAUGUUCAUCAUUGAUUAGUAAUGCCUGACCAAUGCCUGACCGGUGACUAUCUGAACUAAUUGAGAUGGUAUUUGCCUGUCAAGAUUAAAGUUACGAUUUAUAGAGCUCCUGUAUGUCUGGUUUUAGACUUCAUAUAGUUUACGCUACACUCUCUGAUCCCUCCAAACAGGGCUUAACAAUUACAUUUGAACAAAAACAUUCUGGCUCUGACUGGCAGUGCCAAGUUGUCCUAUUACAUUUACCUGCCUCAAUGCUUUUUAUUAGAUACAGUAGAAAUUACUUUGCAACGUUAAAGAGACAAAAACCUUUGACGCGGAUGUAACCUGUAAAGAUAGUACCACCUCCCGAUCCUUUUGUUACCCUGUGAUACCCUGGUAAUUUGUACAUAAGUGUACUGAUUUCAGGGAGAAGUUGCUUCUUCAGACUCACCAUCACUUCUGACGGGACCCUCCGGAGGAAAAUAAUCAAUUUAAUAUUGAUACACACCCAACCAAAAAGUAAUUUUACAGGGACAUCACAAUGCUACGGAUUUACUUGUGCUUGAGUGUUGUUGUCAACGUGGCCAUCUCGCAGGAGGCUGAGGAACCCAUCUCAUACACGUGCACAGAUGGCUAUACAUUUGACAUGGAACGACAAGAAUGCAAAGACAUCAACGAGUGUACCACGGUGCCCGACGCCUGCAAGGGCGGCAUGAGGUGCAUCAACCAUUUCGGAGGCUACUUCUGCCUACCCCAGAAUGCCCAGAUCAUCGUCAGUAAUGGUGACGACGAGCCCACCGUGGCCCCUCUGGUGGAGGAACAGCGUCCUCUGGCACCCGCCCCUGCUCUGCCUGUCCGACGGGUCAUCCAGAGCCCCUUCCAAAGCCAGGGCACCAUGCAGUGUGCCGCAGGGUUUGUGGUGGACGAGCUCAACUACUGCCGUGAUGUGAACGAGUGUGAGGGGAGCAACCCCUGUCAGCACCAGUGCUACAACAUCAUGGGCUCCUUCAUCUGCCAGUGUGAGCAGGGUUAUGAGCUAGCCUCUAACCAAGCCUCCUGCCAAGAUAUCGACGAAUGCGCCUUCUCGAGUUACAUGUGCCAGUGGCAGUGCGUGAAUCAGCCUGGAGGAUAUGUCUGUGCCUGUCCCGAGGGAUACCAGCUCCAAGGCAACCGAAUGUGCCAAGACAUAGAUGAGUGUGAAACAGGAAACAACUGCCGCGAGGACGAGAUGUGUUGGAACUACUUUGGCGGUUUCCGCUGCUACCCCAGGAACCCUUGCCAUGAGCCCUAUGUGAAGACAGGAGAGGGGCGUUGCAGCUGCCAGUCGCCCACAAUGUGCAGAAGCCUGCCGCCGUCCAUCGUCUACAAGUACAUGAGCAUCUCGUCGGAGCGCUCCGUCCCAGCCGACAUCUUCCAGAUCCAGGCCACGAGCGUCUACCCUAACAUGCACAACACCUUCAGGGUCAAGUCUGGCAACGAGGGAGGGGAGUUCUUCCUCAGGCGCUCCAGUAAUGUCAGCGCCAUGCUGGUGAUGACCAAGCCGCUGACCGGACCACGGGAGCACUUGGUGGACCUGGAGAUGGUCACCCACAACAAUGCCCUCAACUACCGCUCCAGCUCUCUGCUCCGGCUCACCAUCAUCGUGGGACCCUAUGCCUUCUAAGUUCCAGUUAUAAAUUGCUCUUAGGCACUGAUCUUAGAUCAGUUUACCUGUCCCCAUAUCUCAUAUUAUCCAUUAGUGGAUAAAAUGCUAAACUACUCAGCCCUCUUACUCCCUGCCAGACCCUCACAAGGCCUAACACUCUCUGUACUGCUUGGAUUUAAUAGAGAUAUCCACAUACUCCAUGCAAGGGUUUCCCAUUCCUGGUCCUUGUCCUGUUUUGGCCAGUUUUCAUUCAAAUUGAUGGCUGUAUAAAUUGUGAUUGAAUGUAUAUUGUCUAAUCUGCUGGUUGAGCACUGGACUGGGUGAAAUUGUUUUGUUUUAGCUCAAAGUGUGUAUUCCUUUCUUAGAGAAGGAACCAUUGGAUAAUUGUAGUGAAAACCAACACACACACACAGAGCACAUACUGUAGAAGCAGGAGGGUGAAAUAGCCAGGCCACAAAAUAGUCAUUUUAUGCAUCACUAGCUAACGAUAACAUUGUAAGAGCAUAACGUGACUUAAAUUGAACACAAGUCCUUCUUAUUCAUCCCUUGCUAAAUGUAUGUAUUGCAGAGUAGUAGGAGUUCUCAUUACAUUGAAACAUUUGUGAAAUCUCAACCUUAGUCUAGUCAAGAUGUGUUUUCCUGCAGAGAAAUUACCAGUGUUUGAAAUCACACUUGCCCUUUAUCAUCUUUUACCAUAGUUGCCAAGUGAGGUUCACAAUCACAUCGUAUCCCCUUUAAAGAUCACUGAUUUUGUUUGGAGAGCUUUUCACUUAUGUAGUUGAAAAGAAAUGUACAGUAAUGCAAUGUGAUGUCACUAUAAAUACCAAUUGUCUUUGAAAAGAGACAUAUCUGUUUCAGUUUUCUUGAAGAGAGAUAAUAUCUUGGACGGACUUCGAGUUCCUGACCAAAUUACGUGAGAUUUUAGUUCUGGGUUAACCGAGAUUAGAAGAGAGACAAAGGUACCUAAAACAGUCAAGCUUAUUGGUGAAGUGUGAUUUAUUGGGUUACAAUUAUAGUGCGAGGACAGUGAUGGAACAGUUUGCAAUGUGUUGUAAUCUAAUGACAUCCUUAACAAAUAGAAAUGUAUGAUCACGUCAACCCCCAUCUGAGAGUUGCUAGGCAACCUCUGCCCGUUGGGAAUAAAGCAAUAACGCUUUUGGACGCAAAAAUGAUACUUUUCAGGAAAUCAUUGGCAGUGUUGUUUGGUCAUAUAGUCAGGGGAAUUGUUGCUUAACAUGUCUGUAUGUGUGCCAGAGUGCCUUUUGAUCCUGCACAGCAUUUCCAGUCAACGAUCUGCAACAAACAGUUAGGUCAUUUCAACACAGAGUGCCUUUCAUAAGGAGUCAUGGUAUUACAAUUUGAGAUAUCUCGGGUUUUUAAGUAGAGGAUUUGACUCCAUGAGAUUUUUGGAAAUAAAUGUCAUGCUUGACAAUCAACAGGGAAGCUCAAUUCAAUCAAAAGUUUUCCACGUCCAAUAACAUGCCAUUUCAAAUGUGUAUGUACUAUAUAUAGGUAGGUAGUGUAAUUACAGUAUUGCAUUUCUCUAUGGUUUUAACAGUCAAUUUGAGCAAAUGUCUGUUUGUAAAAAGUGUUAAGGAGGUAACAGUUGUAGACCUACCAUAAAUAACAAUGCGUACCUACACUGUGGUUGCAAUGUACCUGCCUAUAUAAUAUACCUAUAUAACUACCAUGUAGAUACAUAGUUCUGGCAACAAUAUUAUGUGGAACCACAUGUGGCUACAUAUCAAUUUGAAAAUGAUUUCUUGGGGUGAUAAUAAAAUGUAAUUAAAGACUGAAAAUUGCCAAUGAAAAUGUCAUAUUUUGUAGGCAGGAAGUACACUUGUAGCUCUAAUACACUGCUCAAAAAAAUAAAGGCAACACUUAAACAACACAAUGUAACUCCAAGUUAAUCACACUU